AGCAUCAACUUAUGGCGCGUCUGAGUCGCGGGUGUCUCCGAUGCAGACAGCGUGGCGUCCGCUGCGACGAAGGUCGGCCCUCAUGCCGACGAUGUAUCAAUCGCAGUGAAGUCUGUGAGGGAUAUCGAGAUGAGGCAUCCCUCAUCUUUCGCUAUGAGACCGACAAAGUGAUUGAGCAUGCCCGCGCCUCACAAGCGCAAGCGCAUUCCCCGGCCAGCUCGAAGGCCUCUUCACAAGCUUCGAGGAAACGCAGCAAUUCCUUUUCGUCUCCAGCCAAGAAUCUAGAUCCCUCACGGCUGGCUCCUGGAGAGAAUAGUGGUCUCAAGCUCAAGAACCCCCAUCCGUGGCUGCUUAAAGAGCUGCCAUCCGAGAGGGCACCUCCAGUCGAAGAGCAAGCCGUUGAUAGUUUUAUGGAAAAGUAUGUCAUUUAUCCAUGCAACCAGACAUCUUCUCCUGGAUUCCUGGAACAUUUGCCCAGCAUGUUCAAAGAAGUCAAUGUCACUGGACGAUACGCCUUGAGAUGGGCUGUAAGAGCCGCUUCGUAUGCCGAUCUCUCAAAAGAUCAGAAUAAUGACAUCCUUGUGAUGAAGGCGUUACAGUGCUACGGCAUGGCACUUUCUGCCUUGGGAGAAUCGCUUGCUGAGCCGGGAAAAGUCCCAGAUGAUUAUGAUCUAAUGACCGUGGUUAUUCUUGAUAUUUUUGAAACCUUAUACACUCCCAAUGAAGCUGCCAAAGGAUCACAUGCUCAAGGAAUGGCGCAGAUCCUACGAUUGCGAGGCUCAGACUUGGUUUACAACUCAAGAGGCUGGAGUCUUUUUCGACUUGCUCAUCACAGGAUCCAACAACAGCAGCUGGCAUUUGACAUGCGUCCAAAUUCGGAUACAACAAGUUGGCUAAAUCAGCUCAAUGAAAACGAGCCUUAUGUCCGUCUUGAAAAGAACGCCGACUCAAUCAACGAUACGUGCAAGCGUGCGCGAACGCUCUUGACUCUGAUCAAUGCUGGUGGCUUGCUAGCCUCCACUAUAGUCGAAAUGAUUCAGGAGCUGCAUAUACUUGACCAAUCAGCUGUUAGCUGGCGGCAGACAUCAGAGUGGUCAUUCAAGAACCUGGCAGUAUCAGAAAGGUCGGAUCUUGAACCCGCAGCGAAUGGGAUCACAGACACGAUCCAGCUACAUUCUGAUAUAUGGAUGGCCUACGAAUGGGAUUAUCACAGAGCAGCUCGCAUUACCUUCUUGGAGCAGCUUCUAAAAUGUUCAAAGGCCGCUCUGGACACUCCAGACCUAGAUGUGGUGGAAGAGAAAACACUCACUGACACCAUCACCGAGUGUACCUCAACGAUCCAGUGGCUCGCGGACGAGAUUCUAUCGACAGUACCUCAGUCUUUUGGUGAUGUCGACCAUAUGGGCAGGCUAUAUGACACCAAAAAUGGCCCGCCACGAUGUCGUGGCAUUGGCGGGUAUCUUCUUCUCUGGCCAAUAAAGACUGUCAAGGCUCAAUUAUCUGCCACGACAUUGGAGCAGAAAGAACGUGGGGGAAGAGUAUUUGAACGGAUUCGAGACUACACUGGGAUGAAAUCUACACUUGGUGAUAUGAGCAUCAUAUAAUCCUAUCUAGCUCUCGAGUCUAUUACAGCAAAUUACCGCAUC